AUGUCGCUAUUCUGGUCAACCCCUCUAGACAUAGACAUCGUACUCGAAGAUACCGACGAGCGCGCCAUGGUCGACGUCAAGAUGGACAAGAACCGUCGCGAGAAGGCCCCCUUAUAUCUAGACGGCGAGAGUGUCAAAGGCGCCGUCACCGUCCGCCCGAAAGACGGCAAGCGUUUAGAGCACACCGGCAUCAAGGUCCAAUUCAUCGGCACAAUCGAAAUGUUCUUCGACCGCGGCACCCACCACGAGUUCUUGUCCAUGCAAACAGAGCUUGCCGCCCCGGGCGACCUCCAACAUCCCCAGACCUUCCCCUUCACCUUCAAGAACGUCGAGAAGCCCUACGAGAGUUAUUCGGGCAUCAACGUGCGUCUACGCUACUUUGUGCGCGUCACCGUGAGUCGCCGUAUGCAGGAUGUCGUGCGCGAAAAGGAUCUCUGGGUCUACUCGUACCGCAUGCCGCCAGAGACCAACUCGGUCAUCAAGAUGGACGUUGGUAUCGAGGACUGCCUGCACAUUGAGUUCGAGUACAGCAAGAGCAAAUACCACCUGAAGGAUGUCAUUGUCGGCCGCAUCUACUUUUUGCUCGUGCGACUGAAGAUCAAACACAUGGAACUUAGUAUCAUCCGGCGCGAGACCACUGGUGUACCGCCGAAUCAAUACAACGAGAGCGAGACGCUUGUGCGCUUCGAGGUGUGUACAGCUCAUGUAUCUCUUUAA